AUGAUGAGCGGUAAACCCGCUGACGAGGCCGACGCUUACGAGCGCGAGGCCGAGAAUCGUCGCCGUCUCGUCCAGGAAGCCGACGAAAUGGAGCGACGCGAACAAGAGCAGGCCGAUAGGCGUCGCCGCGAAGGCUAUCCUCCUGGACCACCUCAUCACAGCAACGCCGGUUCGAUCCCCAUACACCAACCUGUCGCAUCUCGCGCGAUGGGCGCUAUCCACAGCCCUGGCGGCCUUCUCGCGAACCAUGGCUCAGGGUCCUCUGGUCCCCCAAUGCCCCUUGGUGCUCCAUCAGGGCCUGGCGCAAACUUUGGCGGCCCCCUUCAACCGGAUAACAGCAGACCUCCGCAGCACGGCGGACCGAAUAACCCGAAUGCCCAGCACCAGAUGUUCGCGCCGAUCCCGCAUACGACCGUUCCACCUAGCAAUUCUCUCGGCGCUGCCAGCGGUGGCCCCCCUGUGUUCGGAGGCCCGUUGCAACAGCGCGACGGCCAGCAACCGAUGCAACAAGGGCUAUACGGUGGUGGUGGUGGGAGUAGUGGCAGUGGUACCGCUGGCGCUGCUGGUGGCCAGGGCCAGACGCAGCAACAAGCGCAAGGCGGCAUUGCCCAUGGCCAGCAACCGAUUUUGAACGAUGCUUUGACCUAUCUGGACCAAGUUAAAGUACAGUUUCACGACCAACCCGAUGUGUAUAACCGCUUUCUUGACAUUAUGAAAGAUUUCAAGAGCCAAGCCAUCGAUACUCCCGGGGUUAUUAACCGCGUCUCGGAGCUCUUUGCUGGCCAUCCCAACCUGAUCCAAGGCUUCAACACCUUCCUGCCACCUGGCUACCGAAUCGAAUGCGGCGCUGGUAAUGAUCCGAACACCAUCAGAGUUACAACGCCAAUGGGCACCACCGUUCAAUCCAUCGCGGGUAGAGGCACACAAGUCGAUGCCCACGCGCAUCCCGGUGGUGCUUCGCAACCUCUCUUCCCGCAGCGCGGAAAUAACUGGCAGCAGCAGCAACAGCAGCCGCCACCUCCUCAGCAGCCCCAGCACAGCAUCGAGAGCCCCGAAGCCAACUUUAGCACGCCUGUGCAGAAUGGCCCCGGGUCAUUUGGACCUGCUGCCCAGAAUCUAGCUGCGGCUUUCGAAGCUCAAGGGGCGGCCCAGCAACGUGGUCCUCCUCUGCAGGGUGCAGCUCAUGUGAACAAUGGGCAGCAGCCGCCUCGCAACGCGCAUACGCCAACUCCGGUUACGGGACCCGCAAAUGUCAACGGUACUGCCAACCAGCAGCAGCAAGCAAAUAUGGAACGCCGUGGUCCUGUUGAAUUCAACCAUGCAAUUAGUUACGUGAACAAAAUCAAGAACCGCUUUCAGGAUAAGCCUGAGAUUUAUAAACAAUUCCUUGAAAUUCUCCAGACUUAUCAGCGAGAACAAAAACCGAUACAAGACGUCUACGCUCAGGUUACAACUCUGUUCCACACAGCACCCGAUUUACUUGAAGAUUUUAAGCAGUUCUUGCCUGAAUCCGCUGGACAAGGAAAGGGCACGCCUGGACGACCAAGCGACGAGCUUCCUCCUGGUCCUGGCCCGAACCAGACCCCUCAGCCUAGUAUGAGCGGUCAGAAGAUGCCCCCUCUUGGUAGCUUUGCACCCCCCAGUGCCUCCAAAGAGAACAGCAAGAAGCGACCUCGGACGGACAAGCAAACACCCAUCCCUGUCCCAGCUGUUGUUGAGACCGCCCCUCCAGUUAACAGAGCUGCUCCUGGUGCGCCGCCCCCUGCUGGCGCGAAUAACAAGCGGACGAAGUUGGCGCAUAACAAGGCAAUAACCUCUGAUGCUUCUGCGGUUGAACCAACUUUAACACCGAUUCUGCCGGAGCCUUUGGGGCCUCCAACUGCUUCUACGACUAACUCAGACGAGAUCGCAUUCUUCGAGAAGGUCAAGAAGUAUCUCAGCAACAAGACCGCAUUCAACGAAUUUCUCAAAGUCUGCAAUCUGUUCAGUCAGUCGAUCAUUGACCGGAACACGGUCUUCCACAAGGGCAGUGUUUUCUUCGCCGCCAAUCCUGAACUGAUGGGCUUCUGGAAGGCGUUCCUCAAAUACGAGCCUCAUGAGGACGUUGUCGAUAACCGACCUGCUCCGCCUAGCGGUAAAGUGUCCUUGAGUAACUGCCGAGGCUACGGCCCUAGCUACCGUUUGCUACCAAAGAGGGAACGCCUCAAGCCUUGCAGCGGUCGUGAUGAGUUGUGCAACUCUGUUCUGAACGACGACUGGGCCUCACAUCCGACUUGGGCCUCCGAAGACUCGGGCUUCGUCGCCCAUCGUAAGAAUGGAUUUGAGGAAGGUUUGCACCGCAUUGAAGAAGAACGCCACGAUUACGACUUCAAUAUUGAGGCGAACCUUAAGUGCAUCCAGCUCUUGGAACCUGUGGCCCAGCAAAUCAGCGUUAUGUCGCCACUGGAAAGAGAGCACUUUCAGAUGCCCCAAGCCUUGGCUGGGCACAGCACGUCAGUCUUCAAGCGUGUCUGCAAGAAGAUUUAUGGCGACAAGGGCCCCGAAGUUGUCAACGACCUGUUCACGAAUCCGUUGAACGUGGUUCCAAUUGUUCUGACCCGUAUGAAACAGAAGGACGAGGAAUGGCGCUUCUCUCAGCGUGAAUGGGAGAAGGUAUGGCAUGCUCAAGUCGAACAUAUGCAUCUCAAGAGUCUCGAUCACAUGGGUAUUCUUGUCAAGCAGAACGACAAGAGGACCCUCUCGGCUAAACAUCUCGUCGAUGUUAUCAAGACGAAGGCGGAGGAACAGAGGCGCCAGCGCAGCUUGAAAGGCAAGGCUCCACGCCAUCAAUUGGUCUGGGACUUCUCCGACAAGAAGGUUGUCGUUGAAUUGCUUCGUCUGAUGAUGCUCUACACUGUUAGCAGCGGUCAGCACAGCGUCCCAGAGAAAGAACGCAUUUCCGACUUCUUCGAGACAUUCAUCCCCGCAUUCUUUGAUAUUCCUGAGGAGGAGAUUGAUGGACGCUUGCCUAGGCUUCAGGAUGUAUCAGAAGAAGAUGACGCCGAAGAGACUGUCCCAACCGAGCUUACCAACGGCCGUAGUCGUCGUACUGGCAGAAGAGGCGAUCUGCUCCGUGGUGUACUUGACCCUGGUCGCAAUGGUUCUAAGCCUCGUGCGCACAAGGAGGGAAGCGCAGCAUCCGGCAGCAAAGAGACAACUCCCGAAGUGGGCUCGGCCAACGAAGAGGAGAUGCCCGAUGCCCCAGAAGAUGGUGCUGGGCCUGAUGUGUCAAACGAACGCUGGAUGCCAAUCGUGCCACAACCUAUUGUUACGACGGGGGACGAUGCCCUUCUGACUGCUGAUGGCGAACUGAAGGCCGACGGGUUCUUCUCCCGACCCUGGUACAACUUCUUCUGCAACCAGACGAUUUUCGUCUUCUUCAACGUGUUUCAGACGGUCUACACACGCCUGAGGGAUGUCAAGGAGAGCAAAGAAAGUGUUAUUGAAGAGAUUAAUCGUGUCAACCGACCACGUCCAGCGAAGGAUAUCGGCUUGGCCGACAACACCCUGAACUACUUUGGCCCGAAUGACGAUCCUUCAACGUUCUGGCCAAAGACGCUUGAGCUCGUUGAGGAAUAUAUCACUGGUGAUAUCGACGAGGUUCGGUAUCAAGAUGUUCUUCGUCACUACUACUUGAAGAGCGGUUGGAAGCUGUACACCAUUCAGGACCUUCUCAAGACUCUAUGCCGUCUCGCUCUCACUUGUAGUAGCACUGACGCAAAGGAGAAGACUCCUGAUCUCAUUCAGCAAUACCUUCACAGCCGUGAGAAGGAGGAGACGAAUUACCAAGCUGAGAUUGCUGCUCGAAAGUAUGCAGAGAAGUGCGUCAAGGACGGCGAGAUGUUCGUUAUAUGCUGGUUUCCACAAAAGUCUGAAGCCGCAGUCCGUUGGCUGCAGCGCGAAGAUACAACGUUCUACAUGGAUGAGAUGAAGGCUAAGGACCGUUGGCAAUACUAUAUCUCCUCAUUUAUCCAAGUGGAGCCAACAGAAGGUGUGCCUCGCCAUAAGCUUCAGAAGACAGUUCUGGCACGCAACCUUCCCUCUAGCGACGAGAAGUUUGAGGAUAGCCAGAUUCCAAAACCUAUCUCUUUUGACGAAGAUCUUUCCAUCAGCAUUUGCCUCAAUUCUAGCAAGAUGGUAUGGAAGGCCGGCACGUCCGAAUACUUCGUCUACGACAACGUUCCCAACGACAAGGAAAGCCGCGAACGACACCUCGAGAGACUCAAGAACGCAAGCAACAAGCGCGACACCAAGCUCCGUGAGAAGUUUGUCUUCAACAGUCCUUGGAUGAAGGGCAUGAACCAGGCCGAUGUCCAGAAGUUAAACGAGGGCUGGUCGAAAUGGUUGAAGGAGGGUACAGUCCCUUCUUCCGAUGUUGGGGACGCAAUGGACACCGGAGAGUGA